AUGGCCCCUCAAGACUCCCCCGCAUCGGAUGCUCCUCCGGGCUCAGUUAAUAUCAACUCGCUUUCUGUGCCGCAACUGCGGGCGCUGCAGACUCGUCUUUCGUCGGAAUUGGAGCAUUUGACGUCGUCGCAUGCUAAGUUGCGCGCGGCGCAGUCGAAGUUUAGGGAUUGUGUGCGGUCGAUUAAUGAGGGUGUUGUCGGAUCUGAGAAGAGGGGCACGGAUGGGAGGGAUGAUAUCUUGGUGCCUUUGACGAGCUCGUUGUAUGUCAAGGGUAAGCUGGCCGACCGGGAGAAGGUGCUUGUGGAUGUUGGAACGGGAUUCUAUGUUGAGAAGGUGAGUCUAUGUCCUCUUUAUAAGGGCUAG